AGGGUUCUACAAAAGGCCGAUUUUCUUGAGGUGACAGUGUGAGUGAGUGAGAGGGAGUGAGGCAUGAACACUUGUUUGGGUUGAGGCCGUUCAUCUUUCACAGCUCUCAUUUCCAUAUUGACUGACUCAGUCACUGGCACUGCAGGUUCAUCACCUUGCAGAAGGCUUUUUGAUCCACAUUCACGAUAUCAUCCAUGGCAACCUUCACUGGAUCCUCCUUUCUAGUAUCCAGAAGCCCCUGCGCGACGCACCUUGGAAGCCAGAAAGCAGAGGCCAAAGCAAAUUCGUGUCUGGUUGGUGCUUACAACCAGACUGUGACCCAUGAUGGGUUGAGAUCUCUGAACAUGCUUAAAGUUCGAACUCAUGCAGCCAAAACUAAUGCAAGAAUCAACAAAACUGAGUCUGAGAAGGAUCAAGACCAGCUUGCUGGGAAAAUUGUGUGUGGCCAAGGGAUGAAUUUGGUGUUUGUGUCGGCUGAGGUCGGACCAUGGAGCAAAACUGGUGGACUUGGUGAUGUUCUUGGAGGACUUCCACCAGCCUUGGCAGCACGAGGACACCGUGUUAUGAGUGUAUCACCGCGUUUUGACCAGUACAAGGACGCAUGGGACACAAGUGUCUUAGUUGAGAUCAAGGUCGGAGAUAGAUAUGAAACUGUCCGAUUUUUCCACUGCUACAAGCGAGGCGUGGACCGCGUUUUUGUGGAUCAUCCUAUGUUCCUGGCGAAGGUCUGGGGCAAAACCGAGUCUAAACUCUAUGGUCCCAGGGCUGGACUGGAUUACAAGGAUAACCAGCUGAGAUUCAGCUUGUUGUGCCAGGCUGCACUUGAGGCGCCCAGGGUUCUGAACUUGAACAGCAGUAAAUACUUCUCUGGACCAUAUGGAGAAGAUGUAGUCUUUGUUGCUAACGAUUGGCACACUGCUCCUCUUCCAUGCUACUUGAAAUCAAUGUACAAACCAAGGGGGAUUUACAAAAAUGCAAAGGUUGUUUUCUGUAUUCAUAACAUCGCUUACCAGGGUAGACAUGCCUUUGACGACUUUGCUCUUCUCAAUUUGCCCAAUGAAUUCAAGAGCUCCUUUGACUUUAUUGACGGGUAUCUUAAGCCUGUGAAGGGAAGGAAAAUUAACUGGAUGAAAGCUGGAAUACUAGAAUCGGACAGAGUAUUAACUGUGAGCCCGUAUUAUGCACAGGAGCUUAUUUCUGGAAUGGAAAAAGGUGUGGAGCUGGACAACAUUAUUCGUAAAACUGGCAUUAUGGGUAUUGUUAAUGGCAUGGAUAGUCAAGAAUGGAAUCCACGAACUGACAAGUACAUUGGCUUGAAAUACGAUGCAACAACUGUCAUGGAAGCAAAAGCUCUGUUGAAGGAAGCCCUUCAAGCAGAAGUCGGCUUGCCUGUUGAUAGGAAUAUCCCUUUGAUAGGGUUCAUUGGUAGGCUAGAGGAGCAGAAAGGUUCAGAUAUUCUAUCAGCUGCGAUUCCCACGUUCAUCAACCGGAAUGUUCAGAUAUUAGUUCUUGGAACUGGGAAGAAGGCCAUGGAGGCGGAACUUGGGCAUCUGGAGGUGAGGUAUCCUGACAAAGCUAGAGGAGUGGCAAAAUUCAAUGUUCCCCUGGCUCACAAGAUUAUUGCUGGAUCUGAUUUUAUCAUUAUCCCAAGUAGAUUUGAGCCAUGUGGUCUCAUUCAGUUGCACUCUAUGCCAUAUGGAACGGUGCCCAUUGUUUCCUCAACUGGUGGACUUGUUGACACUGUAAAAGAAGGAUACACUGGAUUCCACAUGGGAGCAUUCAGCGUAGAAUGUGAUGCCGUGGAUCCAGCUGAUGUGGACAAGGUGUCAUCUACAGUCACAAGAGCCCUUGCCGUCUAUAAUACCCCUGUGAUGAAGGAGAUGAUCAAGAACUGCAUGGCCCAAGACUUUUCAUGGAAGGGGCCAGCCAAGCAAUGGGAAAAGAUGCUGUUGAGCCUGGCAGUAGCUGGCAGCGAACCUGGAAUUGAUGGCGAGGAGAUUGCUCCACUUGCUAAGGAAAACGUUGCCACUCCUUGAGCUGCACCGUUUUCAAACAUUUUGGCUUGUAAUUAAUAUAGCCAUAAUUAGUUUUCCAUUGCAUGCUUCAUAGGUUGGCAGACAGUAACGUCGAAGGACCCAGUCCUUUUGCAAUAUACGGAAUAAGUACCAAGGUUCGUCCUAAGCAUAGGGUGAAGCUAAUACCAACCAACGUGCUUUCUUAGAGUUGCAAGGUCUUGUGGAAGUGAAUUUAUAAAGGCCUGGUACAUUUUGCAGAGCGGUUCUAUUUUUAAGAUAUGUACUUGUGUUCUUUUAA